AUGGCUGGGAAAAUUAUAUCUUACACUACUCAAAGAUGGUAUCGUUGGACUGUAAAUGCUUGUGUCCUGUGUCCACAUGACGUCGCUUCUCGGGAUGCGCGGCGCAUAGAACUCCAAUAAAACCAGCCUACAGCAGAUGUUCUUGUUAUCAACAUUUCCAGCCUUAUGGCUAUCAAGCCGACGAACUACCUGACAGACUACUGCAUAGGAAAGGCGGCCCGAUCGACUUAUAUGCGUUGUUUGGCCCUCUCGAGACCAGAUAUCGCAGUGCUUAACUACGCUCCUGGGCCACUCGAGACGGAUAUGAUGGACCAGUUAAUUCACGACAGCGGCUCCAGUGAAAUCCGCCAUUUAAUGGAUGAGAUGCGUCGGUCGGACAGCAUCUUGCGCGCCUCCCAAUCGGCCGAGUUGAUGGCGCACUGGCUUCGUCGCCUCCGUUUUGCAGAGGGGCCCAGCGCGUCCGGGCCUGAGGCCGCCGUGCACGCGUCAACCAGGCGUCCUGUGCCUGUUUUCUGCCCACAACACCAAGCCGACUGGUCGGAUGCAUGGGCUGGCAGGCAUACAGACUAUUUUGAUGCGCUGGCGUUGGAGUCUGCCGAGAAGCUGCGUUUCUCCGGCUAA